AUGUAUUCAUGGCACCAACGCCUGAAUUCCUGGGCCAAUGGUACCGGGCUACGAAUUGAUGCCCUCGGUUUGGUUACGCUGCUUGGAGCGGAAGAAAUGGAUCGAAGCAUUGGGCGACUGGUCCCCAGCAUGUAUCUUGACUAUCUGCCGUUACUGGGAGCCUUCGUGGUCGCCGGGAAUCGGUUUGUCGUGAAGAAACCCGGCUUUGCUCUUUGCAACAUUUCAGCCGGGAUCAUGACAACAGAACUAGCCGGCUGGUUUUCGCGUUGGCUUCAGACGCAAUCAUUCCACCAAGUCCGCAGUAUUGUGACUUGGGAGGCCACAGAGAGACCACGCAGAUGGAAAUCUUUCAUGUUUGGCUUUCUGCUUGUCGGGUUGCCGGUACAUGGUUUACUCAUUUCAAUGACUGUACUGGCAGGUGACUGGUGGGGAUUUGCUAAUGUGAUAUCCAUGAUAGCUUCGGUGGCAUUGAGAUGUUUCCAGGUGGCACAAAACCAGGCCGGGAUUGAUGUAAAUAUCCGAAAAGCUCAGGAAGAAGCCGAGCACCAAAGCAAAACUUACCCGGCCAAGCGUGCUGAGUACGUGAAAUCAAUGGCAAUAUUUGAAGAUCUACGUCAGCAAGGGAAAGAAAGCGACAUCGAAGUACCAAUUGAGCCUCAAGACCCAUUUUCAAAGGCCAAGGUGAUUGUCGUGACAGAGGACUCGAAAGUAGUCACGCUUGUUGUCCCAGGAUACCUGUCAAAGCUGGCCUUUGCCAUUAACCCUCAGCCACCAAACCCGUAUUGGUAUGAGGCGUGCCAAUGGGCCGGCUGGGUUUUCUUCGCAGUGCAUGUUAUCAGCAUCGGCAUGGCCGGCUUGUAUACACAGAUAGUUACCGUCGUGGUGAUCAUUGCCACCACAGUCCUGGUGGCCCACAAAGUUGGAUGUGAGGACUCACGGAUCUGGGAGACCAUUCGCAAUCGAUGGAACCACAGCGAUGAAACUACUCCGAGUAGCUGCUGGGUCAGCUCGACCCUCAAAGCCACCAUAUCUGCGUAUCCCGAGAGAUACAUGGAUUGGCCCGAGCUGGAAGAACCCAGGACUACCAGUGUGCAAUUAGUCUUGGAAAAGAGUGUCUUGCAACACAGUCUCGGUGCACCAGCCGUGGACGAUUUGGAACAUAGUCCAACACCGAAGAAACCCGAACGUCGUCAGGAUCUACUUGCUUGGUUGAAUCUAACGGCAGAGCAAGACAAAUCGCUCAUUGCAUGGGGACUCAUUCCGCAUAGUCGAGAAUGGCAGAGUGUAUACAACAGGAAGAAAGAAGCACAUCGGAAGAGAGUUGGGUUAUAG